AAAAAUAACAAGUUUGGCCAAAAAUACAAACUUCCCCCAGGUCCUAAACCAUGGCCGAUUGUUGGUAAUUUACCUGAGAUGCUUGCUAACAAGCCGGGAGUGCCCAAAUGGAUACACAAGCUCAUGAAAAAUUUAGACGCCGAAAUUGCAUGUUUUAAAUUGGGAAACGUUUACGUUAUCCCAGUGACUAGCCCUGCUAUUGCGUGUGAGUUCUUGGAGAAAGAAGAUGAUGUUUUUGCAUCAAGACCUAUGAGCAUGGCAUCUGAUCUCAUAUCAGCUGGUUAUUUAACGACGGCACUUGGGCCAUACGGAGAGCAAUGGAAGAAGAUGAAGAAAAUGAUAAGCAAGGACUUGCUUUCUCCCAUGAAGCAUCAAUGGCUUCAUGCCAAAAGAAUGGAGGAAGCCAAUAACCUCACGCAUUAUGUUUAUAACCAAUCCAAGAGUAAGAAUGGGCAUGGAGGUAGUUCCGUGAAUGUGAGGAUAGCUGCUCAGCAUUUCUGCGGGAAUGUGAUCAAAAGAAUAAUCUUCAAUAGAAGGUACUUGGGAAAUGGUGGUGGGGAGGGAGGGCCUGGUUUGGAGGACGUAGAGCAUGUGGCUGCACUGUUCACAUUGCUUAUUCACUCGUACGCCUUCUGUGUUUCUGACUUUGUGCCAAGCUUGAGAAGACUUGACUUAGAUGGACAUGAGAGAAUAGUGAAGAAUGCUUUGAGGACAGUGAACAAGUAUCAUGACCCCAUCAUUGAAGCAAGGAUCAAACAGUGGAAGGAUGGCAUCAUGACCGAAACUGAGGACUUGCUCGAUGUUAUGAUUUCUCUCAAGGAUGCUGAAAAUAACCCUCUAUUGACGACGCGGGAAAUCAAAGCCCUAAUUUUGGACAUGAUGAUGGCAACGGUGGACAACCCAUCAAAUGCAGUGGAAUGGGCACUCGCAGAAAUGAUAAACCAACCAGAGUUUCUUGAAAAAGCCACUCUAGAACUUGACCAAGUAAUAGGAAAACACAGGCUUGUUCAGGAAUCAGACAUCCCAAAACUCAACUAUACCAAAGCUUGCUUAAGAGAAGCCUUUCGCCUUCAUCCAGUUUCCUCUUUCAACGUCCCACAUGUCUCUAUGCGUGACACAGAGGUUUCCGGCUACUUCAUCCCAAGGGGCAGCCACGUGUUACUGAGCAAACAAGAGUUAGGGCGAAACCCUAAGGUGUGGAAGGAUGACCCUCAUAAGUUCAAACCAGAACGUCACCUCGUGGACGAGGGGUCCGAUGUGUUCUUAAGUGAGCCAAAUUUGAGGUUCAUAAGCUUCUCUACAGGAAAGCGUGGGUGUCCAGGAGUGGUGCUUGGGACCACUAUCACUGUGAUGAUGUUUGCUAGGUUGGUCCAUGGCUUCACUUGGAGUGCUCCACCAGAUCAACCCAUUGAGCUUGUUGAGUCUCAGACUGAUCUUUUGCUUGCUAAGCCGCUUGAAGCCAUUGCACGCCCAAGGCUGCCAGAAGAGGUUUACCUCUUGGAUUAA